AACUGUACGUUGGAAUCUGGAUCAAUACUGAGUAGAACUCCAUGACAUCUUCAACGUAGCCGUGAGCCCGCCGGACCUUCGCUUCCAAACGGACAAGGGAGAAAGGCAGCCCAAUGCCCGAGAUCGCUCCCCUCGGCGCCCGCAAACCACCGAGCGCCGAGGCGGGGACUCCCCGGAGCUCCGCCCCAGAAGCAGCUGCCGGUUGUUGCCUGGGCAGCUCCGCCUCUGGAUUGAAGGAGGGACUCGGCUCGGCCCCGGCGAGGAGCGGGUGGGCCUGGUCCUCGUUCCCUUCUGCCCGGGAUCUUCCCGGCAUGAACAAGUCGGAGAUGGCGGACGAGGCGCUCUUCCUGCUGCUGCACAACGAGAUGGUGUCCGGGCUGUACCGCGCCGCCGAGCAGGGCGAUGGGGAAAAUGGACGAUGCAUCUCAAAACUGGAAAAUAUGGGUUUUCGAGUAGGACAGGGAUUAAUAGAAAGGUUUACAAAAGAUACUGCCAGAUUCAAAGAUGAACUGGACAUAAUGAAGUUUAUCUGCAAAGAUUUUUGGACUACUGUAUUCAAAAAGCAAAUUGAUAACCUCAGGACCAACCAUCAGGGCAUCUAUGUACUACAGGAUAACAAGUUCCGUCUCCUGACUCAGAUGUCUGCUGGAAAACAGUAUUUGGAGCACGCUCCUAAGUACUUGGCAUUUACUUGUGGGUUAAUUAGAGGCGCUUUAUCAAACUUGGGAAUAAAGAGCAUCGUGACAGCCGAGGUUUCAACAAUGCCUGCAUGCAAAUUUCAGGUGAUGAUACAGAAGAUAUAGCACAUGUACAGGACCAGCUUCCUGCCUUGUAAAAUGACAAAUAAAAUGUAUAUUUUAUUUAUAUCCAUAGUUUAUUGAAGCUGUCCUAUAUUGUAUAAAAUGCCAUAUAGUUUAAAACACAAAUUUUCAAGUAUGACCAAUAGCCAGUGUCUGCUGUAUAUCUUGCUUUUCUUUUCUUUUUUGGUAGUCGCUAAGUUACUGUGUGUUUCAAGGAAGAUGAAGCUUACAAGUUUGUAAAGAUGGAAUGGAAACCUUGAUUAAAUUUCAAGCUCUAA